AAUUUGGCUCGGUUACGGCCAAUUUAGUCGGGAUCCACACGUUCGGUCAAAUUACGCUUCGCACUCUUUAGGCGCAGAACAAUGAGAGCUCAGAAGAACCGUAUAUCCGCAGUAGAUCCUCACUUUAUUGACUCGGUGGGUUGCGUGGCCAGCUUGCGAAAGUGGACUGGUGAUUUCAAAGCUCCACGUGACGUGCGAGUCAGUCCAGCCGCACGACUGACUCGCUUGCUGCACGACUGACUCGCUCGUCGCUGGACUGACUGACUUGCACGUCACGUGGAGUGCCACCCUUCCCCUCCUAUUUAUACCUCGGUACCCGUGGACAAAUGGGUCCUACACAUCAAGACUCUUGGUUACAGUAUUGGCACAGUAGUAAAGUGUAAUCUCGCAAACGUUUUAAUGUAUCAUACUCUCAAAGCGGGUAAGUGUGCAUACACGGAGCUAUUCAUGAAACUGAAUGUUCAGACUCGAGCGAGCUUUUGCUCGAUCACUUCAGCAGUGUGAACAUGGCAGACGAACAUGCUGCACAUCUCAACGGAGAACUUAACAUAGCGAUCCGCCGCGUAGAAGGAUUUGACCCAGCCAACGGAAACGGCUACGCGGCAGACGGCCAGGGCGGAGGACCUCACUAUGCAGCCAUUGCUAAACGGGACACACCGGACCUGGGGUUGGGAACGCUUAUAGUGGCCGUGGUUGUAGUCCCUGUAGGAUUGGCCGCUCUAGGCGUCGGCUGGGCACAAUGUGUCAUUAGUCGACACAUGGAGGCUCGAGACAGGACUCGGUUUGAGACGGAGCAACGCAUGGAGACUCGAGACAGGAUUCGGUUUGAAAGGGAAAUGGAUGAAUUCAAUGUAGCCGCACGCACGAAUCGGUAUCGAAAUCUUUCCUUCGCUCGGGAAACAGAGUCAAGCAAUUCUGGCGCCGAUUCUUUGUACACCAGAGCUGCGUCGGUGGAUGUCACUGAAGGAGAGCGAUAUGUUUGGGAAGAGGUUGUCCUGGUGCAGGAAGGUCAGGAACAAGUGGAGGAAGGACCACCUACACACGCCUAGCAGCAUGAACAACCUCGCAUCAUUGCUUCGCCCGCAGGGCAAGUACGCAGAGGCCGAGGCGAUGCAGCAACGGGAUAUAUAGUUAGAACAAAAUAUGCAAUUUAUAUAAAAUCUUAGCACAUAACGUUACUUGAAGUAUCGUUCGUAAGAAAUGAGAAGCAGUAUAGAAAAGAGAAUUAGAACCUGUCUAAACGUACUAGAAUAAUAGCUAGCGCUCAGUCACUAUUAUAUAUCAAAUGAAAAGAGCUGUUGCAGUUCUGCACCCU